AUGUACGGCAGUGGUGCCUCCGGGCGAAGGUACCCAAGCACUACGUCUACUGCAAGCCCUUCGACUCAAUGUCAAAAAUGUCUAGAGUACGGACAUUGGACUUUCGAGUGUAAGAAUCCCCGAGCCUACAGACCACGACCUACUAGAACUCAACAGCUAACAAAACCGCUAAAGCCAAUAAAUGCCGAGCUUCCGGAAGAAUUUAAAACAAAAAAGGGAGUAGCCGAUAAGUUGCUGGAAGAGAAGGAAAAAAAGAGGAAGCGAGCCCGUUCCGAUUCAAGUGGAUCAACAGCAACAUCGAGUGAUGAGUAUUCUUCAAGCGGGUCCGCUGAUAGUAGUUCUGCGUCAGACAGUUCCUCGGUGACAGAUGAUAGUACAAGCUCUUCGGAGAGGGACAACGAUCGAAGGCGAAAACGCAGAAGACGGUGA